CCAAAAACAUAUUAAUGUUUUUGUUCUAGAGGUAUUCUCACUCAGAGAUAAUUACUGUGGUAUUACAGAGGGCUUAAAAUGGAAGAGCGGUGCUCAACAGGCUUCACACCAGUGGAGAAACUGCAAAGAACAGGACAAGCCCCUCAUAUUCUUCCAGAUGGAAGUAUCCUGCAAAGGUUACCAGUGCGAGAGGUGAAACAAGAGCCAUGUGAAGGGCAGCUUCAACACUGGGAAACGCAGCUGCAGGAAUUCCUAAAGACAGUGGAGGCCCCUCAGUCAGGGUGGAGGGGCUCACCAUUACCCAAGGAGCCCACCCCAUGGGAUGACGCGCAAGCAUUUUUGGCUUCCUUUGAGCAAGUGGCUAAAGCCUGCCAGUGGCCCAAAGACAAGUGGGUGGCCCGACUCCUGCCAGCCCUCAGUGGUGAAGCUGAGCAGGCCUUUAAAAGACUGGAGGCUAGAGACAGAGAGGAUUAUGGGAAAGUGAAGGGAGCCAUCUUGCGAGGGGACGCCAUGAGGAGGGAGAAGAUUCGCCGGUGCUUUAGGCGCUUCUGCUAUGAGGAGGCUGAGGGGCCAAGAGGGGCUUACGGCCAACUGCAAGAACUUUGUCGCCGGUGGCUGAGAAUUGAGCGACACUCCAAGGAACAGAUCUUGGAGCUGCUGAUCUUGGAGCAGCUGCUGGCGGUCCUCCCCCCAGAGAUCCAAAGCUGGGUCCAAGAAUGUGGGCCGGAGACCUGCUCCCAAGUGGUGGUGUUGGCUGAGGAGUUCCUGUUGAGGCAGCAAGAGGCCCAGACACGAGAGGAAAAGAUCCUGACCCUGUGUAAGCAGACUGCUCUGAGUGUCACCAAAGCUGGCCAGGCUGUUCCUGAAACAGAGCAGGGGCAGCUUUGCCCCAAAACAAAGCACGAAGAGGAUGAAGAGGGCACGUUGGGCAGAAGGUGGAUGAGCUUAGAAGAGACGGAGACCAACUCAGCAGAAGACUCGGAGCAGGUAUAUGCGGCAUCACUGUGGACAGAAGAAGAGACUGUUUUUCAGUAUGACGAGGAAGAAGACACUGAGAAUCAACAAGAUCCAGAGCGGCAUCAAGACGUUCACCAAGGGGCAAGAGAGGAUGAAACUCUGCAUGCUUGUGGUGGUCCCAAAGAUGUCAGAAAAGUCCAGCAAAGAAUCCUCACUGGGAAGGGUCAAAAGACAUACAGUGUUUGUGGGAAAGCUUUUAGCUGGGGCACAGGUUACAGUGAACGGAGGAGGCCCUCGCUCUGCUCCUGA